AUGGCAAACAUCCAGAUCAAAUGCCUUCCAGAGUUGGCGUGUGAGAUCCCUCCAUCAUCGCUCUACUCUGAGCUGCCAAUACAAGAACGACUAGUCACCGUGGGCAUGAACACCAGUGGCCUGUCGGUCAAUGGACCGGCAGUCGUGCCCAACUCAACAGAGGCCACGAAAAUUUGCAGGGUUCUCGCCGCCUAUCACGGUGUAGUACCUCAGAGCAAGCAUACGGUUGUUGUCGGUAUGCACGCAGACAAGAAUAAUCAAGAUAAGGCUGCUGCGGUGUUCCGCACGGCAAGAGAGACGGUUCAGACUGAGAGGUACGGUCCGAAUUCGUUCAUUCAGCAGUUUGUCCCCGGCAAAAACAUGUCGCCCAUUGUUGUCGGGAUACACCCAAAUCCGGUUGAUCAAACCAGGGCCACCAGCAUGUUCCGUACGGCAAGGGAGACAGUCCAGACCGAAAAGUACGGUCCAAAGUCGUUCAUCCAGCAAUAUAUCCCCGGCAAGGUGUGUACAGAAGACUUCCUUGUCCAGCAAACCAAUUUCAGUAUCGAAGCAAGGGCGAGGGAGCUUCAACCACCGAACGAGACACAGGCAGAGACCAACACCCGCACGGCGGAUCGCCAGGCCUUCCUCGAUGCAAUAGCAUCGGGGGAACGGCUCUGGAAGACAACGUACGAGUCGGAGUACCGACGAACAGUCGACGCGCUCCCAGCUGCCAAGGGUCUUGAGAGUGAACGCCUGGCCCGAAAGGCCGAGUUCUUUAAGACAAUGAAAGACAACCCUCCACGAUGCGCUAUUGACCUCGCCACCUUACACACACGACAGGGUUGCAACCAAGCGAAAAUGAUCCCGCUCGGCCUGCGAAAUUGGGAACAAUGCCUGGACUUCUGGCAAGCGACCAUCACCGACGACAUACUCACAUCUUAUCUUGAGAAAGCUUCUAACGUGGUUGACAUCCGGAAAAUGCUUGUGAGAGGCAACGUACCAGAUUUUAAGGAUAUACAAGGCAAUCUCUAG